AGGUAUCAUUGGUGCUUUCAUUGCCGUUCUCAUGACGACGUCACCGCCUCCCCAAGAUGCUUCUCCACCGGCCCUCAAAUUGGAAGAUCUCAUGAACGCCAUCACGAACUUGGGCAACGAAUUGCAUGCCACGCGGGUUCAACAGGCGUCCAUGGCAAGGAAACUCGCCGAGAUUGCUCCUGAAGACUCCUCCGGUGUUCACGGUCGUCCCCCCACCACCGGGUUUCGGCCGCCGGGGACGCGUGUGCCAUACGUCCAAGCCGGCUCUGAUCCCAUCCCGCACAUGCGUGUUGACGCACCCCGUUUUACCGGGGAGGAUCCCACAGGGUGGGUAUUCCGGGUUCAAAAGUAUUUUGAUUAUUUUCUUACACCGGAGGAAGAACGCUUUCACCUGGUCGCUAUGCUCAUCGAUCACCCCGCUUCGGAGUGGUUCCGAUAUUAUCAAGCUAACAACUGUAACGCCCGGUGGCCAGAAUUCUUGAAGGCGGUCCAGCAGCGCUUUGAUCCCAGUUACUACGAAAAUUAUGUUGGGCUUCUCUCCAAACUGACACAAACCUCUUCGGUGAUGGAUUACCAAACAAGCUUUGAAGCCCUAUUGAAUAAAGUUUCGGGUGUUCCGGAGGCAACGCUCGUAGCCAUGUACAUCGCCGGUCUCAAACAACCUGUGCAGCGUGAAGUGAACCUCCGUACUCCAACUACCCUCCCGGCUGCGUUCGCCUUAGCACGUGAGUUAUCGGCCUCUUAUCAAGACUUGCAGGGUGCCUCUUCCUCACGCCGUGCAUGGCCGGUCCGCCAACCAGCGACCACUCCCCCUGGGUUUCCAAUUUCGGCCAACCCGUCCCAGAUCCCGCCGCCUUCCCGAGGGUCCUUUCCGCCAUCCAAACCCGCUGCUUCCAGUUCUCUCUCUCAGUUGCCUAUUGUUAAA